AAAUGAGAGAAGACAGAGAAAAAAAACCCCAGACACGUUUAACCUGACGCAGUGACGUAUACAGCCACUUCCGCUCCUGCAGGAAAAACACUCGUGAAGUUUGUGAACGGGGACGCUGGGAGAUGGGCUGAACCGAAUUACUUCAGCGAUAAUAAACCGACAGUUUCUGAUAUCAGAGAGAAGGGGGAAUGAGUAGUGUGAAGAGAGGGGGACAUGCCUUACGUGGACCGGCAGAACCGCAUAUGCGGUUUUCUGGAUAUCGAAGAUGUGGAGAACAGUGGCAAGUUCCUGCGACGGUAUUUCAUCCUGGACACGCAACAGGGAAGUCUGGUCUGGUACAUGGACAACCCUCAGAACCUGCCUGUAGGUGCCAAACAUGUGGGUUCCCUCAGUCUCACCUACAUAUCCAAGGUCAGUGAUGCCACCAAACAGAGGCCAAAGGCUGAGUACUGCUUUGUCAUCAAUGCAGGAAUGAGGAAGUUCUUUCUGCAAGCUAAUGAUCAGCAGGAUCUUGUUGAAUGGGUCAACGCACUCAAUAAUGCAACCAAAAUUACAUCUUUCCUGGUCAUUACUUUCUCUCUCUUUUUUUGUCUUUCCCUUUCUUUCUCCCAGGUUCCUAAGUCCUCUGAUGCCGUUCACUCUGAGAGUCAGAGGUUGGCCUCAAAUGGCAACAAGAAACAGGUCCCGUACAAGACUGAGAUCAUUGCAGGAGUGGCUGUCGUCACACAGACACAGCAGGAUGGAGAGGUGACACACAGUGUUGGAGGAGAGAAGGUGGGCUUGAGGAAGGCUCAGAACAAUCCACCAUAUUUGCACACUAGAGCAGGGCAGGAUCAGACCGUUAUUAAAGCAGGAUACUGUGUCAAACAGGGGGCUCUGAUGAAGAACUGGAAACGGAGAUAUUUUGUUCUGGAGCAGAACUCAAUGAGUUACUUCAAGUCUGAUCUGGAGAAGGAGCCUUUGAAGAUUAUUCUUCUAAAGGAGGUCCAUAAGGUGCAGGAGUGCAAACACGGUGAAAUAAUGAUGCGAGACAACCUCUUUGAAGUCGUCACAACCUCCAGAACCUUCUAUAUCCAGGCUGAUAGUCCAGAGGAGAUGCACAGCUGGAUCAAGGCUAUUUCAGGAGCCAUUGUGGCUCAGAGGGGCCCAGGCCGGUCCGCAGCUUCUAUGCGUCAGGCCAGAAGGCAUUCAAGCCCCUGUAUUCAGAGAUACACACCACGUGUCACUCAAGGCAGCACGUAUGAGCACAUUGUUGGCAGCUCCUGUUUCUACCGCCAGCUCACGAGUCACGCCAUCCCCUGGACGCCCAGCCCUGCCGUGUCAGCCUACCCAGAAUGCCGCGGUCCCACGAGGUCUGGCUUGGGACAGCGAGCACUUCAUGAGCCUGCUGCCCCUGCCCCGCCCACACGCCCGUCUGUCACUGCAAGAGACCCGCCUCUCCAAGUGACUCACGAAUCGCCAUGGCGGCGACGCAGCAGUUUUGGAAUGUGUGACGCUCCUUUGCCCCACCUUGAUCUGGAUAGUGCGGAUCUUCCCGUCAGCGAGGUCUGAUGGUUUUACGUUAAACUCAUUCAACUUUGACCCAAAAAUAUUAAGAUGGGUAUGCAGAGUUUAGGUGAUGGAAGGAUCUUUGGAGGAAAGAUAACCAGGGUGUUCGGAUCCAAACUGAUUCGACCUGACCUAUCGACCAAAUUUUGAACUUUAAAAGAGCUUCAGUUUUGUUCAAAAGAGCUUCAGUUUUGUUCAUAUAGACCAGAAACUCUACUACAAUUCAGGCACCAGAGAAUCUUCAAAGUCCCUCCUAACCUUUGAGUUUUUACUGAAAAGUGCAGAAAGAAAUUCAAGGAAUAUGGAUUAAAUGUUACCUAUUGUGUUGGAGGAUGCGAAGAUUCGCACUAACUCACGGACUGGAGUUGAAAAGGCUGUUCGAGUGCUUGUGAGAAGAAGUGAUUUCUUUUAAUAUCCCAAAAUUCCCCUACACUGAGCUUUAUAGAACAUACUUCAUUUGUGUUUCUUUCUGUACAGUUUCCUAUUUUUAAAAGUUUUCUAUGUGCUGUUAAUGUGACUAAUUGAUCCUGUGGACUAAGCUGGGGGUUAUUUUGACUGACAAUUCAUUUUUCAUCUUUUAUCCACACGUAUACAUAUGGGUGAAUUCUUGUUGCUGUAAUAUGAUUUUUUGUCUAUGUGCUCCACUAAAUGAUUGAUCAAAUCCACAGUUUCAAUGGUUUGGAUACAGUAAAACUGAGCUGACUGAUGCUGUAUAAUCUGCCUACAUCCCUGUCAUUUUCUGGCAUUCUGGGUAUUACUGUAUAUGUCUGACCAGAUGAGUGAUAGUUUGUUGUUGAAUUGUUCAUUUUGUUGGGAUUUGAGUAUGACUACUAUGAUGAAAUGCUUUUCAGUGUGUUUAUUUUUGCACUGAUUCAUUUUUGCCCUGUGUCUUAAACAAAAGUGAAAAGAAAAUCUUUUUCUCUUAAAGGUCCGGCAGUUUUAACCCUCAUUUUUUUCCGUUUUGUGCUGUAACCAUUUUAAUCUUGUUUGUUUAUAUUAUUUAUUAUAAGAAAAAGCAAUAAACCAAGUCUGAAUUUA